ACGACCAGCCUGCCUUCGUGAAUCACUACCAUUGCUUGUGUGCGAAGAAGAAGGAGUAGAAGCAGGACCAAUAGCCUUCGCGUGUCACCGCAGGAUGCGCAGAACAUGUAAUAGAAUGUGGAGAAAAAUAAGAGGAAGAGGAACCAGGAACCGUAUAAGAUUUCAGGGCAUCACCGCAUGGACAAAGCUCUUCGUCGGCUCCUUUUUCUUAGCGUAUUUCGUGGUCAUCAUUAUCAAGUCUUCCAGAAACGAACCAGAAAAACGAGGACAUAUCGUGGACACAAGCGGCUGCCAAAUCCCAAACUUCUUGCCUUUCAGCCGAACGGUGCUGAGGUCUUACGCGCCGGUCCCGGGCUUCGAGUGCGAUGCCAAACCAUCUUUCAUUCGGCAAGAUGGAAACAUCCUCUUCAUAGACCACAACAUUCUAAAAACCUUCUACAACGCCAGUAAGGAACAGAUUCGAUGCACCUAUCGCCACAUCAUACGCGCCGCCAACUCUAGCAUCCCUGACUUGAGCACCACCGUUAGUCGAAAGCGUAUGCUCCACUUCGGGAAGCCCACAAAUGCAGAAUACAUCAAAGUAGAAUGCUCACGUGGGAUGACGCAUUUCCACAGCGAGCUUUUCCUGCUGCCUGUUUUAAGACCAGAGAUUCACGUUCACGAUAAGAGCGGUCAACGAAUGAAUGUCGUUAUCUUGGGGUUGGACAGCGUAUCUCGCCUCAAUUCUUUGCGACAUCUUCAACGGACACGGAAGUUUAUCUUUGAAAACUUCCCCCAACCCAUUGAGCUGCUUGGCUUCAACAAAGUGGGUGACAACUCCUUUCCGAACCAGAUAGCCUUGUUAACAGGAGGAACAGACGAAGAAGGUUGCCCUGAAGGCUUUUACGACGACUACAAGUUGAUCUGGUACCAGUACGCUAAUCUCGGAUACAGGACAAUGUUUAUGGAAGAGACACCUUAUUACGGGUUGUUCAGUUAUUACUGCCGCGGCUUCUUCAGACAGCCCACAGACUACUACCCUCGGCCUUUCACCAUAGUCGUCGACAGCUCGAAGAAUUCAAGCGGGGAAUCGUGUGUCGGGGCUAAAGUGCAAACCGAAAUGUACCUGAAUUACACGUGCUCUCUCUUGCAAUUAUUGGGAAAUCGACCAUCGUUCACCUACACCUGGAUAUCGGACGUCUCGCACGACGAUUUCAACUCUGUCGGCUACGCGGACGAGGCCUUUCGUAAGACGUUCGAAACGUUGCAUCGUACUGGGGUAGCGAACAAAUCUCUCAUAAUAUUGAUCAGCGAUCACGGCUUGCGGUACGGCCACAUUCGAAGAACUAUGACAGGCAGGUACGAAGACCGCUUGCCACUCUGCAUCCUGCUUUUCCCUCACCAGUUUCGUGACAAGUAUGCUGACGCAAUGAGGAACUUGAUCGUCAAUCAACGAAGGUUGACAACGCCCUUCGAUAUACACGCAACUUUAACGGAACUUGUCAAUUUUUCGUACCCUUUGCGGAGUGAAUUCCGCACAACAUACGGACUCAGCCUCCUACACGAGGUUCCAGAAAGGAGGACCUGCGCUGACGCCCAUAUUUCACCACACUGGUGUUCCUGUCACGAAGCGACCAGAGCGAGUCUUCGCAGUGACUUGUCCAAACGUAUGGCAUUGUUUUUGACGGAGACAAUAAAUUCGCGGCUGGAGGAGCGCAUGCCAGGAAUGUGCAGACGUCUUCAAGCGGCAGAUAUCCUGGAUGUUCAAGAGCUCUUUCUGACAGUCGCUGAGAGGGACACAUCGUACUUUUGGGUGACUGUCUUUUGCGUACCAUGCGAUGGAAUCUUCGAAGGAACAGUUUCGGUGAAUAAGGUGGGGAAUAUGAGCGUCGAUAAAGUGAGCCGCCUCAAUCGAUACGGCGAUAGGCAAUUCUGCGUUACCCACCAUUCGCUGGAGCCAUUUUGUUGUUGCAAGCCGCCCAAGUCUCAGAGCCGACGAACCGAUCGAACACAAGGAUGAGCUGCGAGCGUAGAUGUUCAGAUAUCUGGGCUUCAAGUCUCGCAGUUCCUCUGUACUUGCACGAACAUAGCGCGAACUGUAGAUUUGCGUGCUUCAGAAACCUUGCAGUAAUGUUGCGUUCUCGAAAUGCACUGCUGGUAAGUUAUGACUGUAUAUAACAUAUGCAAAUCGCGACACAUAUUGUUGAUAUGGUUAAAAAGAGGUACCUUU